GCAUCACCAGCUGAACUCUAACGCUACAGAAGCAAAACCAAAAAGGGGAGAAUGGAGAAGGUUUCAUCAUCUUCUGAAGCUUCAGCCAAAGUGACAUCAAUCUUCAUAUACCCAGUUAAGUCAUGCAGAGUAAUUUCUGUUUCUCAGGCUCCCCUCACUCCCACUGGAUUUCGGUGGGAUAGGCAGUGGAUAAUAGUUAAUCAAAAAGGCAGGGCAGUUACGCAAAGAAACGAACCAAAGCUCGCUCUUGUUGAGGUUGAGCUUCCAAAGGAGGCAUUUUUAGAAGGAUGGGAGCCUACUGGGGGCUCAUAUAUGGUAAUAAAGGCUCCAGGGAUGGAUGUGCUUAAGAUUUCGCUGAGUAAACCACAUGAUGUAACAGAUGGUGUUUCCGUGUGGGAGUGGUCUGGCUCUGCAUUGGAUGAAGGAGCUGAAGCAGCAAACUGGUUUACAAAAUUUCUCGGGAAAACUAGCCGGCUAGUUCGUUUUAAUGCAGCAUCAGAAAAUAGGCCUGUGGAUCCAGAAUAUGCUCGGGGACACAAUCUAAUGUUUUCCGACCAGUAUCCAUAUAUGCUUUUGUCUCAGGGGUCUUUGGAUGCACUAAAUAAGCUUCUCAAUGAGCCUGUUCCAGUCAACCGUUUUAGACCCAACAUCCUUGUCGAUGGUUGCGAACCAUUUUCUGAGGACUUAUGGACUGAGGUCCGGAUUAACAAGUUCACAUUUGAAGGUGUCAAGUUAUGCUCCCGUUGUAAGGUACCAACUAUAAAUCAGGACACUGGGAUUGCUGGUUCUGAACCAAGUGAAACUCUGAUGAAAAUUAGAUCAGACAAAGUGUUGCGCCCGAACCGAAAACAGCAGGGAAAGAUUUACUUUGGCCAGAGCUUAGUCUGCAAGGACAGCCUCACUAAAGGAAGGGGAAAUGUGGUUAAAGUUGGGGAUCCUGUUUUUGUCCUCAGGAAAGUCUCAUCUGCUGCUGAAGCGGCUGCUUGAACUCUGUGGCAUAUCUGUUCGCUGCUG